GCGGAGGAGCUGCUCCCCUGCGCGCCCGCCCCCGCCGCCGCCGCCGCCCGGGGCUGGACGCCGAGGCAUGAACAGGAACCUCCCGGGCGGGCGGGCUGACGCGGGUUUGGGCCCUCUGCGACUGCGGACCGGCCGCCCCAUGCGGGCUCCGUCCUCCGCGGUCGCUCGCUGCCGCUGCCGCCCGCGCCGGGAUGGAGGCACAGGGCAGCCGCCGGCGGCAUCUCCCCGUCCUGCUGCUCUGGGUUAAUGGUCUAAUGACGCUCGGAUUCGCAGGUGCACGUCAACAGAGUGAGCUCUGCAAUGAAUCUCUCAUGUUAGAAAAGUUGCCUGCCUGUGGAAAAUCCUUUGAAGAGAUGAUGAAGAAAGUGGACUCAAAAAAGUGGUGCAACCUUACAGAAUUUAUCAUGUAUUAUGACAACUUUACCCAGUGCACAGAACGUGAAGCCAACAAUGCAAGUUGCUUUUGGCCAAACCCCCUUGCAGAAGGCUUUAUCACUGGAAUUCAUAAACAAUUCUUUUCAAAUUGUACGUCAGAAAAGGUUCACUGGGAAGAUCCACCGGAUGAAAUUCUCAUAACAUUGAUCUUGAUCCCGGUCUUGUUGACAUGUGCCAUGAUAACACUGGUAGUAUGGUGCAGCAAAAGAAGUGAUAUCUUAGUGUAAGUUCUUCAUCUGGGCUUUCUUUUUCUUCAUUUCUUUCUUCCCUAAACACUAAGAAAGGAGGACGGAGAGAGGAACAUGGCAUAAAGAUUUCAGAUCUGCUGAAACAGAACCAGUGAGAUACUGAGAUGCUCCUGUGAAUGAAGAGCUGCCUGCUGCUGCAUCACUGCUUCUGUCUUGACCAUGAAUAUUUGCUGGUGGAAAGCUCUACUUCCAUCAAGCCUCAUCAGCAUGGAAUUCACAGGCAGCUCCCAGAAACAGCAGGGUUUCCAGGCAAAUGGACCCCUUGUCUGCAAAAGGAGUAAAAUUACUUUCCUGUGGGCAAAGGUGGCUGGUAAAAUUUUGCAAAGCUGUAUGUGUGUAAUACUUACUGCGGGGGAAGUGAUAUCUCUUGAAGUUUCGUGCAGAACACUCAAGGUUUUCAUCUGUGAACCUGUAGCUUGGAGAGAUCCCUGGCACAGGAACUGAUUCUGGAUAUAACAAGGUGGCAGCUUUUCAUAGAAGCUAGUCAUAAUCAUCAUUAUCAAAACUGGGAAGUAUUGUUCUGGCAAAGAAAUAACUUCUGUGUCCAGUGACUAUCUGCACAGGGAAAUUAUCCUGCCACGUUAUCAAAUAGUUCAGAAAAUUCCUUUAAGCAUGGCUGCUUGGAAUCGUAUGUCAUACAAACAAGCUUUGGGAGGAUAUGUCAGUCCUACUUUACAGAGCCGGAAAAUGUGAAAGGAAAUUGGUUGAUUAUAAAUACAGUAAGGAGUAAUGAAGAAACACCAGACUUUUCAUACACCAGACAUUUUAUUUUUCCUCUUUUAUAAUUAUUAUUCUUGAUGACUUGUGUUCACUGUGUAGUCCCCACUCUCACUCCAAUUUGUGCAAGUGUUAUACUACAAAUAAAUAUAAGGAUGGCAUGUUGAUUGAGGUGCCUUUCAGAGUAUUGUACGUAAAUAAUUCUUUGUCCUCUGAAGAGUGUGGGAACUAAAGUAUGAACAUCAAAACUUGGAAUAGUAGUAGGAGAAAAGAGAAAAAUUCAACUCAGAAAUCUUAUUCUAUAAAGUUUUGUAAUAGUUGAAAUAAAGAUGAUGUGCUCAAAACAAAAGAACUUCUCUGUGUUGCAAACCUUCUUUUCACAACAUGCCUUUCAGUUCAAUGCUCUUCUAUGACUGUGCAAUGUCUGUGACAAGUGACUUUUCAUUUUUCCAUACCUUAUGCACACAAAUAAAAUACAGUUGAAUGGCCGAGUAAUUGUGUUUUAUGUAUUUUAUAGUUAGAUUUUCUCCUUAAGGUUCUGGGUCCAUGUUUGAGACUUAGGUCUGUGAUUAUGAAAAGCAUUUCCAUGCUUGAAUCAAAUUAGAAGUGCUCAAUUUACUAGAUUAUUUAUCUACAUACAUUGUGUACAGAUAAAUAAAUAACCCUUAUAAGCUGUACUGGUUUGUUUUCACAUCUGUUCACAAGGGUUGAAGGCACCAACUUGUUUAUUCAUUACUCUGAUAUUGGAAUGAUUCAAUUUUGAAAGUGUUUCCUGUGUGUUUUUCCAAAGACUCUUCAUCAUUCUCUAGAUGCUAGCAGAAGUUGCUCUUUGUAAAAUAGAAGAAUGAAAUAAUGUAUUGAGCAAUUCUGUUUUAUUUUCUGUUGAGCUUUUAUUUUCUGUAUUAAAAUGCAUUGGACCACCAAAACUAGUGGUCAGUUAAGACACCCAACCCAUUAAUUUUAUCCAAAAUAUUGUUUGGUUUAGCAUUUUGUGUGGCCAAACCAAGCAAUUUUAUAUUCUGCAUGGAGUUUCAUUUUAAUUCACAUUUACUUAAACUUCAGCAAGCUUCAAGGCAAGUUUCAAAACUUGGCUUUGGAAACCACAUAGCAAAAAUUUUGACUUUUAAAAAACCACAUUAAUUUCAACCUAAUUGUCAUGUUUGGGGCAAAUUCUGGACAGUUUCUGACUCAUUUAAAAUCAUGUUCACCUAAUGAACAGGUCGGCUGAGAGAUAUCAGUCAGCUUAAUUCAUAAGCCUAAUUAUAAAAUGGAUUGGCCUGGGUACUAAGUGAGGAAGAAAGCACGAUGAAUUCAUACCACCAGAUGUGUACUGUGGUCUUUAAAAGAAUGCCAUGUUUAAAAUCUCUAGUUCAAAGAGUCUUUUAAAAUAUAAGAUUCAAAGGAACAGAAAUAGUAGAUUUUAAUUCAUGUGCUGUAGAGUAGGGGUGGAGGAUGCUGACACUAGUCUGUGCUUUGGAGGUGAAAAUUUAAUCAUUGUUGUAUGUCUUCCUUAUCCAAGUGUGAUCUUCUAUUACUUUUUAUAUGGCUGCAGAAGGGCAGGGAAGUUGAAACAGUGCAUGGGAAACAACACCAAUUAUUCAGUGUAGUCUCAGUGUUUUAAAUCUGAGAAAUGUUUAUAGCGUUUUUAAGAAAAAUGCAGCUGCAGUAGUUAGUUCUUAACAGUUGUGUACAUUAAUAGAGACCCAGAAUGAUAAUUGUUGAAUCUUUUGACAUAGGUUGUACUAUGUGUUGAUGAGAGUUAGUGCAUUUUAGGACCUUUUUAUGUCUUCCCCAAGCCUAUUUCCAUUGGCAAGAAAAUCACAUCUGGUACCAAGAAUAUGGCUCAUUUAUUAAUUGCAAAUUAAUUUGAUAUCACAACAGAGUCUCAGGAAUAAUAAUAUUUAAAAAGAAAUAACUCGUUCAGAAUCCUUCCUAGAACUGGAACUGUGGUUGGCAAUAUUAGGCCAAAAGAGAAGUGCCAGCUAGCUGACAUUGCUAAUUGCUGUGAGUUAUGGGAUUUUUUGCAUUUAGUAGCAGCUGUGGAAGUGUGUAUUUCCAUGGGGUAUAAGAGCUUCAGCAAAGAGUUAACAGAAGAAGAUGAUGACUAGCAGGACCAAGGCAAAGGCAGAGAGGGCUGUCAUCUCUUUCAAGAAAAAUAGCAGGAGGCCAAAGGAGGAACAGAGUUCCUUCAGGGCAAGGACAAAAAUGCUCAAGUACACAAAAAAAUGUGGUAUUUUCUUCCAGGAUAUGACCUCACCAUAUGCAGGUUAGUAGCAAAUGUCUCUUGGGGCAUUGGUAUGGAAUGGUGAGGAAAUCCUGCAUGCUGUCUGCAUCUGUCCAGUGUUCAUGCGGAGGGAAUCAACAGCCUCUCAUUUCUGGCAUCCCCACAAUUAAAUGAAUGUAUAUGUUGUAAAUUCCCUUCUACAGGGACUGGGCUUCCACAUGAAUUUACAGGAAUGCUCAGCAGGUGUGCCCCUUUAUUGACUGGUGUAGGUGGUAUCUCUUCAUGCCUAAAUGUCAUUUGUGCAUCCUGGCAGCUGAUGUCCACCUGUUCCAAUACAUUGGCUCUUUUGGAAGCUGAAGCAAAGUAUGAAUUUAGCAAGGCAGCAAGAUGUAAUGCAGCAGUGCUGGACAUUAUUUUGCUUAAGCCUUGAUCAUCAAAAGUAUGAGGGUAUUUCAGAAAAUGAAAGGUCCUGAGCUGUAUUUCCAAAGUCUGAGUUCCAUAGGAGGAAAAGAAAACUUUGUAUUUUUUUUAACUCAUGGGUGGUUUGGAAGGAUAAGGACAAUUAGUGACUGUCAUUGCUUCUGAAUACAAGAAUUAUGGAGCUCUCUAUGUGCUUUGACAGAAAUACAUGCAGUGGUGUCUUAAUACUUAGAAGUGGACAUAGACAAAGCUAUUGAAUUUUAGUUAAAGAGUCUGUGUUUCUGCUAUUCUAAUAGAAUUUUGAAAUAAGAAACUGAGAUCCUCAAAUAGCUCUGUGGAUUUGAUAAGAAAAGGAAAUUUUCUGCACAGUGGGAAAUCUGGGGAGCAUUGAGGCUAGUACCUUGUCUUUGAACUCUCAGCAGAACAUUUUGAAAGGAUACAAAUAAUAAUAGUGAACAAUGGGCAUAAUCUGUCAACACCAACUGUGCCAAAGCACUCAGGCAGUGGAGGCAGAGCCAGGUGGUCACAGACAGUACAGAGAUGCUGCCCUGCUUAUAGCUGGCUGUGGGAACCGACUCUGCUUGGAAUUGUCUGGAGACACAUGAACGCAGUGCUGUACUCGGCUUUGAGGGAUGUGCCUUCUUUGCCUUAUGCAGAAACCAUCCCUAACGUGAUGGCCUGGCUGCUGGAGUGGAGACAGCUUCAAAUGAGUUUAUAGAAGAUGUGCCUUCAUAGAGUUUCCUGGAAGUGUGCAUAUACAGACAAGAUUUCCAGGGUACUAGGAUUUUUUUUGGAACUUGCAGGGAUGGCAGCAGCAUAGUUGGAAUUAUUCCAUAAGGUUUGGCAUUCUGAUAUAAGUUGAGUUCUGUCUAAAUCCUUCAUGGUGGGGUAUUUUUUCUUUACUAGUUUUUAUAUCUAGGGUGUAGAUAUCUGCAUGACAACAGGGUCUCAUACUUUGUUUUCAUCAUACUCUAAGGGAGACUCUUGGUUUUCAUGAGAUUAAUGGUCAGAAAUGCUCUCAAUGAACCAUUAAAUGGAUCCUAGUGACAGUUUCACUGUAGCUUCAGCUAUAAUGUGGUAGACAUCUAAAUUAUAGAGGAUGUUAAUCAUGCUCCCAGGUACCUUAGACCUCUGUUCUUCAGUGCCCCAUCUGAGUAGGGAAUAAUUUCUGAAGGAUGCUAUGAGCAUAAGAUGGUGAAUGAUCACAAGUUGCUCAAAGAUUAUUGAGUUGUAGAACCUACUUACAACAAUCUAAUGAUUCAAAAUGACAGCAAUUAGAAAACCAUUAGGAAAUACAGGCAGGGAGAAUUUUCGUGAUUGAGUCAAUUUGGCUAAUUGUUUUUCUUGGUUAUAAUUUUUUAUUUGUAGUUUUUCUUUUUUAAAAUUAAUGGGCUAGAAGGGGGAAAUAAGGAGCCUGUGCCUGUUAAAGCAGAGCCCUAAGUUCCUGAAAAAUGCCAUUUUAUUUCUCAUCUCUGAUUAACAUUAACAUGGCUCUUCUGUCAUCUUCAUUCUCCUGCUGCUCAGAACAGCAGGAGAAUGCAAUUUUUGCCUGACAGUUUCAAUACCAUUAAAGAUUCAGAAUGACAACAGUGGAAGCUUUUUAGCACAUAUCUGCUUAAAAGAGAAAUAUGUUGAGUGACUUGGAAACUAGCUGAACUAUUCUUGGAGAGCCCACCAGGGAGCUGCAUAGGUGCAGAGAGAGUGAGUGGGAGCACAGAUAAUUCCACUAACAAAAAUCACUUUAAAUCCUAGGAAAUUAUGAUACAUUUUAUUGCUCACCUCAUAAAAACGACCUUAGUUUGUAAUUCAAAAACAACUGGGGAAAACCUAAUUAUAUAUGUAAAUAUGUACCUUAUUUCUCCAUACUCUUCAACAGGACUGUAACAUAACUGCAAGGGAAAUGUGCUCCUAUUUUCCAGCUAUAUUUAUACACAGCAUGCAGAUGGAGAGGAUCCAGUGAUCAAUCACCAUAUUGUUGACAUUAUGGAGACUGUGAGUUGUGUAUCUGCUCAACAUUUGAUGCAUAAAGAAGUUCUCUAUAAACCAGAAAAUGUUAUAUCGGUGCUGUCUUGUAAAGAGGAGAUCCCACUGGUUUAUGUUCGUGAGAAACCGUUGGAGGCAGAUAUAAGCACAGUGCCAAGCUUCAUUAGAACCAAGACACUUGGGGAGACUAACUGAUAUAAGCCUUGGAGCAUACCUGUGUCUGAUCAGAUUCCUGUAACACCAAAAUAUUCAGAUUUUGAUAGACAAUAGUGGCCAAUUGUUGUAAAAGCAAAGAUGCAUAUUUUAUGAGAAUUGAACAAGCAGGUUGUUUUGUUAGGAACUUGGAUAGGAACUAAAUUUGAAAGCAAUUGCACAUUCAGUCAUUCUUAUUUCAAAUUACUGUAAUGAAGCUUGGAUUUGAGUGAGCCUUAAUGUUUAGCUAAUUAAACUAAAUAUUCACUUAUAGAUAAAAUGCAUGCAAAGUUGCACUUUGAUUUUUAAGUUGGUCUCUGUCCUUUGCAUUAAUUUUAACCUGAAU